AUGUGGAAAACAUAUGGCUGCACCAUAAUAGCUGAUGGGUGGUCUGGUCCAACAAGAAUGCAAGUUAUCAACUUCAUGGUUUACUGUAAGGAUAAGACUGUGUUUUUGAAGUCUGUUAAUGCGUCAAGUGAUAUAAGGGAGCACAAAUACCUUGCCAAGCUAUUGAAAGAUGUCAUUAAUGAAGUGGGGAGGGAGAAUGUGGUUCAAAUAUGUACCGAUAAUGGCUCAGCCUUUGUGAAGGCUGAUAUUGGUAAAAAGACAAAGGUCAGUCAUGUGAUUACUAUUGCUAGACUCGUGACUGUAUAUAUCUACAAUCACGGAUGGGUGCUUGCUCUUAUGAGAAAAAUAUGUGAGGGUGAUUUGAUUCGACCAGGACCAACACAGUUUGCCAUUAAUUACAUUUCUCUUCAAAGCCUUUUCCAAAAGAAGGCUGGACUUAAACAAUUGUUUACUUGUAAUGACUGGGCUACUAGCAAAUAUAGUCAAACCAAGGAGGGAAGACGUAUAGAGGAACUCGUUCUUGAAAACAUGUUUUGGGACAAUGUGCAAGCAGUGAUUUCUAUUUACAAGCCAUUAUACGGUGUUCUUCGAAUAGUUGACACAGAGGUUAACCCGACAAUGCUAAUGCUGUAUGAUUUAUUUAAGAAGGUGGGAACAAACCUGGAAGAAGUCAGGAAUACAGUUUGGGUCAGAAAAAUCAUCGAUGAUAGAUGGUUUAAGCAAUUGUGUCAUCCAUUACAUGCAACAGCUUAUUAUUUGAAUCCAAUGUUCCAGUAUAGUGAAGGAAUUGGUGAUGAUCCAGAGCUACUAGAUGCCGUUCACUCAGUUUUUGCAAAGUUAGACCCAAACUCUAUAGGCAUCGCACAAUUCGGACAUGAGCUACUAUUGCGAGAUGCAAAAGCCGCUGCAGAUAGAGUUGCGGAGACCAGUUAUUUGGACCUAUUCAAUAUAGCUGCAGAGAUAGGUGCAGAGGAAGCUGCUGAUCCAAUAUACCAUUGGGUUCGACCUUUACAUUUAGAUGAUGAGCAGGAAAUCCAGAUCCAAAUAUAG